AUGUUUUCUAAUAUGCUUCGCGGAACCGCAAUGGCGCUAAGAACCACAACGAUGCGGACCGCACUACGUCCUGCCGGUGCAAGUCCUGCGUUUUUGUCGCCUCUGCGUAUGUACUCUUCCGGUUUGAACAAAGACGAUAUCAGCACCCGUGUUAUCGACGUGGUCAAGGCGUUCGACAAGACCACUGCAAGUGCACAGGUGAAUGCAGACACGCAUUUCGCUAAGGACCUUGGUCUGGACUCGCUAGACACGGUGGAGCUUCUGGUGGCCAUCGAAGAGGAAUUCGACGUGGAAAUUCCAGACAAAGUUGCCGACGAGAUCAAGAGUGUUUCGCAAGCAGUUGAAUACAUCGCCUCCAACCCAGAGGCCAACUGA